AACGUUUGACAAUAAAAUCUCGAUAAGUUGUUUAUUAGAGGUAGCGUUUCCAUUUGGCUAAUAGAAAACUAUGAUAAGGGGUUAAGAGUUUCAUUUGCAAUUGCAAACUAGAACAAAUGAUAAGCCGAUUAUGAAUGACUAUAGUGUGAAUCUGAUUCUCGUGAGCACACAAUCAUAAAGUCAAUCAGCAAUGCUUCGUUCUUUCUCUUUAAUUUCAUGGGAAAAAAGAAUUGGAUGACAACUGGUAAAGUGAUAAUCUGCAUUAUUGAAACAGAUAUAAAGGAUCUUUUUAAUUACUUAAAUUAUUCAUUAAAAUGUUUUUAAAGUUGGAAUAUAUCCCUUGUUCAAAACCCUUAGAACAAUAAAAAAUGGUUUCUUUUCAUAAUUUUCUAUAUGGUCAGUUUGGUCACUCCUGAAAAGCAAGCUGCAGUCCAUAAAUAGGCCUGAAGUAGCUGCUAAGCGUGAUACGAACCCAAAAGAAAGAAAAAGGCAUUUGCUUCAGAUAGCUUGGCGCUUCUCCAAGAAACAACAGUCCUCUUUCUCUAUCUCUUACCUUAAUCGAAAACAACUCCAUCCUUGCCCUCUUCUUCAACAGUGAGAUGCUUCUCUUGAAACUUGAGACAGAACCAAGAAAACACUCCCUAGAAUAAAUUUCAAGAAAAAAGGAAAAAGCUUGGAAGCUUGAGAAGGGAGAGAAAGAGAAAAGCCCAAAAUGAUGGUCAAAAAGAAAGGCAGAGUGUACCCUUCUCUAUUUUCACCUUCCUCAUCAGCUUCAUAUAGAGACCCUAACUCGGUGUUCAAGCUUUUCCCAGUAGCAGUUCUAGCUCUAGCCUCAGCUCUCCCACCCCAAGACCAAGAAGUAUUGGCUUAUAUGAUAACAAGGUCCAUCAUUUCCACCACAAAUCCAUCUACCCUCACCCAUCAACCCAAGAACAAGUGCAAGAAAGGAAAAGUCCCUGUUUUUCAAUGUGGGUGCUUUGAUUGUUACACCAGGUUUUGGCACAGAUGGGAUUCAUCACCCAACAGGGACCUCAUUCAUCAAGUCAUCGAAGCCUUUGAGGACCAUUUGAUUCAAAAUGAGGUCUCCAAGAAACAAUGUAAAGCUGCCAGGAAAAAAGAUAAGGUAAUAUUGAGCAUUUGUGAAUCCAAUUUAGUAUCUGUCGAUGCAUUGCAAAGAGAGCAGUCCCAGGACAGUGAAAUGUUGAUUGUUGAAAGUGAGGGCUUGGCGGAGGCUGAAAAUAAGGGUGGCUGUGAACAAAGAGAAGAGAAUGUGGGUGAUGAUAAAAUGACUGGAGACCAGGAAAUGGAGGUGGCGGCUGUAGCAACUGGGGUUAGCCACAAGGGUUUGGCCAGGAAGGUAUUGCCGGACGUGGUGGGCUUAUUCAACUCUCGUUUAUGGAGCCUGUGGGGUCCGAGUAUAUAGGAGCUAGUAAUUUUCUCUCUUGUUUCGUUUUCUGGAGAAAAAAAAAAAAACUUGCUUCGUUCCAGCUGUUACAAAUAAAGAUUUUGUCUUUGCUUCCGUGGGGGAGUCAUUUCCGUUGGCACAUGAAAUUUUUUGGGGGAUACGGAUUUACUGUUGUCAGUCAAACUAGUUGCAUGUUUUAAGGGGAUUACUGUAGCUUACAUGGACUGAUCAUAUUUCAUCAUCACAUGGCUUAAUUUUGAUUUCAAUGUGAAAUCUUAGUUGAUUUGAUUUUCACCUUUGGUGCUUUUUGAGUAGACUCUGGACUAGCAGCUAUUAUUUCUAUUCCACCAGAAACCCAUUUUAGGAAAAUGGUUCAC